GUGACUGAUUGUGCAAGUAGCAGAAUAACGGAACUAUUCUAUUUUCGCUAGGUUCACGCUGCUUGUUUACAGAACGCUGCUGUAGCCUAUGUUGUAGGAUAGGUUUGGAUGUUUAGGUUUAGGAAGGCACCGUAGCCUUUUGAGAGGGGUGUGAUGGAUGGAGCAUUGGAACAGUAGUCUACUGUUGAAGUUCAUCAUCUGACUAGGCUACAUGGAUUUAACGUUCCCCUUUGAACAUGUACCGGGAACCUGCGUUGUGUUGAAUCCCGGUGAUUCAGCCCUGCACACGCCUGGACUAGAACCUGCGAACAGCAGCACCUCGGAUCGGGAGAAUUAUCUUUGAUUAAUCAAAUGGACAGGGGUUUUCCUCAUCAGGAGAAGAGCUGUAAGAGAACAGCCGAAGCAUUCCCUUCCCACCAUGUUGGUAUCAAGAACUCUUCGCUUUUGUUAUCAAAGGCGUUUCCUUGUGCCUCUCAUCGUUCUAGCAUUGGCCUCGCCCUGGGUUCUGAAAGGGGUGGUUUUUAACACCAACCCAAAGCCUUACGAAUGGCCUGUGGAUCCCAAACAUCAAGAGUUGGUGCAUACCUAUGUGCGAAGUGUCUUAACAAGAGAAUGCAGACCUACUUUUGCCCGGAAAAGAAUUGAGGCUCGGAUUCCCACAACCACCCCAGUGAUAGAGCCUUUUCUCUGGAGAGAAACCAGUUCAACGGAUACAGUUUUCCAAUAUCCCCCUCCCUUUGGAUUUCUGGACCUGCAGGACAAGCUCAUGGAGGUCCUGAGGCGUCUGCCGCCCUCCCCCACUCAGGAACAUCAUGGGAAAGAUUGCCAGCGAUGUGUGGUGGUUGGCAAUGGAGGGAUCUUGCGUGGGCUGGAACUCGGAACACUAAUUGACCAAUUUGACAUGGUUAUUCGACUGAACAGUGGUCCAGUGCGAAAUUUCAUUAAAGAUGUGGGUAACCAUACCACCAUUCGAAUGAGCUACCCAGAGGGCAGUCCAAAGGUCUGGGAGGACAUGGACCCAAAGCUGAAGUAUGUGGCUGUGAUCUAUAAAUCUGUGGACUUCAAUUGGCUCAAUGCCAUGAUUACCAAACAGAAAGUGCCAUUGUGGGACUGGCUGUUCUUCUGGCAGAAGGUGCCAGAUGAAAUCCCAAUAAAGUUAUCGCAGUUCUACGUCCUGAAUCCAGAGAUCAUCAGGGAGACGGCCUUAGAUCUAUUGCAGUACCCAAAGCCAAAGUUCCGGCUCUGGGGUUGGGACCAGAACGUGCCAACCCUGGGUAUGUCUGCUCUUAACCUGGCAUCCUACUUGUGUGAUGAGGUGAGCCUAGUUGGCUUUGGCUAUAACCUCAGCCAGAGGGAGGCGCCGCUGCACUACUACGACAGUCUGCCCAUGUCCGCCAUGCUGACCCAGGAGAUGCACAAUGUGGACCAGGAACGGGCACUCCUCCAGAGCCUAGUGGCAGAGGGCACCAUCACAGAUCUCACAGGGGGUAUCUACUGCAGUUUCUGCCCCAGAUGAUGCCACCUCUCUUGACUGCCCAGAGCAGUUCUGCCCCGUCAGAUGAUUAAUGUGGAGGAGUAUGUUUUCAAAGCCGUGUGUUUUGGCCAAGAUGGCCAAGAUGACCUGACAUACGUUCAAAUUCGCAAACAGGCGAACAUUUGCAAAGACUCGCAAACAGGCUGAGGAGGUAGUAUGAGUAUCCAGUGGAGCUGGACGUGGGCUUGACCAAGGUAACAAUGCAAUGAACGCUACAAUGGAAUGCUAACACCAAAUCGUUCCAAUUUAACUCUUUAGAAAAACAUUUUCACCACAAACGUUCGCCAAAGUUUGCCGAAUUUGAACGCACCUCUGUUGUUGAGAUAAGUGUUAGAGGAGGGAAAAACCCUGUAUAAUAUAUCUUGGAAUCAAGGAUGGGAGCAUUUUGAUAUAUUGAUCAACUCAAUAAACACAAUAGGGCUGUAGUCUGACUCCAAGAGGCAUGUAUGCAUGUUGAAACAAUAUAGUUAGACUACAAUUUCUAUACUCUCACUGCUGCUGCCUUACUUUCUUCAUGGGUUUAGGUUGUUACUGUUUUUGUUUAGAUUUUAAACUCAUCCUUUUAUAUUUGUUUAGAUUUUAACCUCAUCCUUUUAUAAUUAUAUAUGCAGCUAAGUCAGAAAUUGUCUCAUAGUUUUCACACUGAUGUUCUGAUGUUCAUAAGGCAAAUCAAUAGAUCUAUAAUGACUUGCAAUACAGAAACAUCUUAUUCAUAAAAUGUGUGAUUAAUCUCGACGGGAAAAAGGUUGACAUUUUUGUACCUAGGUUCUACUCAUGUGUGGUGCAAAGACUGUUUACAUUAAGUGGUACUUACAAAUGACAUUGCUUAGAAAUGUUUGCAGAUGAUAUUGUCUAAUGUAUGUAGAUUAUAAAUAUAUGCACUUUACAGUGUUUUCUGUUUGUAUUUGGGAGAAACAUGCAUGCAACCUAAUGUGAACUUUACUCAGGCCAGUGACUGUAUAACCUACCCCUGGUUUAGAUUAUUUAAGCUCAACAUUGAGGUGUGUGCGUGUGUGUGCAUGCGUGUGAGCGUGAGUGUGUGUGUGUCUGUUGAAAAAGGUGUAAUCGGCCACUUGACCUGUAAAUAAUUGUAGACAUGUACACUGUAUGUCUCUGUGGCACUGUACGUCUUAUGACCAUUAGUACUUGAUUGUUCUGAAUCGGACUGUUUUUACCAUAGUUUUAUCAUUUUGUUGUAUCAUUCCAAUGUAUUUAUUUUAGGCCUUUAUCAUGUUGUACAUCCUGCAGCGUUGCAACAAAGCUUUCAUUUAAGCUCUGGGGGAAACUAAGAAUAAAAAAGAUCUCACUUGUC